AUGGGGAAGGACCAGGAGCUGCUGGAAGCUGCUCGAACUGGAAAUGUGGUUCUGGUGGAGAAACUCCUGUCUGGCAGGAAAGGAGGCAUCCUGGGCGGCGGAUCGGGACCCCUGCCCCUGUCUAAUCUGCUAAGCAUAUGGCGAGGCCCCAAUGUGAACUGCACCGACAGUUCGGGUUACACUGCAUUACACCACGCAGCCUUAAAUGGACAUAAGGACAUAGUUCUCAAACUACUUCAAUAUGAGGCAUCAACGAAUGUUGCGGACAAUAAAGGGUAUUUUCCUAUUCACCUGGCUGCCUGGAAAGGAGACGUGGAGAUUGUGAAGAUUCUCAUUCAUCACGGACCAUCACAUUCCCGAGUCAAUGAACAGAACAACGAAAAUGAAACUGCCCUACACUGUGCGGCUCAGUACGGACACUCGGAAGUGGUCGCGGUGCUUCUGGAGGAGCUGACAGACCCUACGAUCAGGAACAGCAAGCUGGAAACUCCUCUGGACCUGGCUGCGCUCUAUGGACGCCUUCGAGUGGUCAAGAUGAUCAUCAGCGCCCACCCCAACCUGAUGAGCUGUAACACUCGCAAGCACACACCUCUCCACCUGGCUGCCCGCAAUGGGCACAAAGCCGUGGUCCAGGUGCUGCUGGAGGCAGGGAUGGAUGUGAGCUGUCAGACAGAAAAGGGGAGUGCACUUCAUGAAGCAGCCUUGUUUGGAAAAGUGGAUGUGGUGCGAGUUCUGCUAGAAACGGGAAUUGAUGCCAAUAUAAAGGAUAGUUUAGGAAGAACUGUCUUAGACAUUCUGAAAGAACAUCCAUCUCAGAAAUCUCUUCAGAUCGCAACUCUGUUACAAGAAUACUUAGAUGGCGUAAGCAGAGCACCACCAGUCUUUGAAGACCCUGUCCAGGAAGAUGCAACCCAGGAAACACUCAUUUCAUCUCCUGUAGAGUCUCCUUCCCCAAAGAUCAAAAGUGAAACUGUGACUGGAGAGUUAUCCAAACUCUUGGAUGAAAUAAAACUCUGCCAAGAAAAGGAUUAUUCUUUUGAAGAUUUGUGCCAUACUAUAUCAGACCACUAUCUGGAUAAUUUGAGCAAGAUUUCAGAGGAAGAGCUUGGGAAAAAUGGAAGUCAGAGUGUAAGGACUUCAUCUACAAUAAAUUUGUCACCAGGAGAAGUAGAAGAAGAAGAUGAUGAUGAAAACACUUGUGGGCCCACUGGACUUUGGGAAGCUUUAACUCCUUGUAAUGGAUGUAGGAAUCUUGGCUUCCCCAUUCUUGCACAGGAGUCUUAUCCAAAGAAGAGGAGCUUCACUAUGGAAAUUGUACCACCUGCUUCUCUGGAUACAUUUCCUGCAGAAAAUGAGACCUUCCUGUGUGAUCUCACGGACACAGCAGUUACAAAGAAACCUUGCUCAUUAGAAAUAGCAAGGGCACCUUCUUCAAGAACUGAUAAUGCCUCAGAGGUAGCAAUUACUGCUCCAGGAACCAGUAACCAUAGAAACAGCUCAACAGGCCCAACUCCUGAUUGCUCACCUCCAUCUCCCGACACUGCCCUCAAAAAUAUUGUAAAAGUUAUUCGACCCCAGCCUAAGCAACGAACAUCUAUCGUGUCGUCUCUGGAUUUUCAUCGAAUGAAUCACAACCAAGAAUAUUUUGAAAUCAACACGUCUACAGGGUGCGCCAGCGUGACUUCCAGUCCUCCUGUUAGUCCGCCCACCUCCUCCUUGGGAGCGGCAGAACUCAAGGCCGAGGAAGCUGAUCGUACAGAUGACCCCUCUCAACAGGAAGACAAUGAUCCCCCAAAAGAAUAUGAUCCUGGACAAUUUGCAGGCCUGCUCCACGGAUCCUCUCCAGCCUGUGAGUGCCCUGAAAAUCCAUUUCAUCUCUACAGCAAGAGAGAUCCCUAUGAAGACAGCCAGGAGGAAAUCAGUUUGGCCAACAGUCCUUUGCCUUUCAAGCAGUCACCCAUCACGAACAACCCUGAGCCUUUAGUAAAGAAAGUGAAACCCAAAGUGGUCAAUAGAACCAUUUUCCACAAAAAAAACAACCAACUUGAGAACCAUACCAUUGUUGGCACGAGAACGACCAGGAGCGGAUCCCGGAGUGGGGACCAGUGGGUUAUGAACACAGGGGGGUUUGUGGAAAGAGCUUGCACUUUGGGGAGAAUACGGUCUUUGCCAAAAGCCUUGCUUGAUAAACAUUUAUCAAAAAACGUCUCCAAGUCAGAUUCUGAUCUCAUCGCCUACCCUUCAAAUGAGAAAGCAGCAAGAGUAAACUGGCGUGAAUCCUCUACGGCUGAACACAGUUCGAAAAGGAAUUCUGAAAGAACGCCGUCCUUCACUUCUGAAUGGGAGGAAAUUGACAAAAUAAUGAAUUCCAUAGAUGUCGGAAUCAGCAGUGAACUUGAAGAGAUGAAUGGUGAAAAGAAAAGACCCAGAUGCCCUGUCCAAACAGUGGGACAAUGGUUGGAAAGCAUUGGGCUACCUCAGUACGAGAACCACCUGAUGGCUAAUGGAUUUGACAAUGUGCAAUUUAUGGGAAGCAAUGUUAUGGAAGAUCAAGAUUUGUUGGAAAUCGGGAUCCUUAAUUCUGGGCACAGACAAAGAAUUCUACAGGCAAUCCAGCUCCUUCCAAAGAUGCGACCCAUUGGUCACGAUGGCUACCAUCCCACCUCCGUGGCCGAGUGGCUGGAUUCCAUUGAACUGGGCGACUACACCAAAGCCUUUCUCAUUAAUGGCUACACCUCGAUGGACCUAUUGAAAAAAAUCUGGGAGGUUGAACUUAUAAAUGUUUUAAAAAUCAGUUUGAUUGGCCACAGGAAGCGGAUUUUGGCCUCUCUGGGAGACCGGCUACACGACGACCCUCCCCAGAAGCCCCCUCGGUCCAUCACCCUCAGGGAACCCAGUGGUAAUCACACUCCUCCUCAGUUGUCUCCAUCACUUAGCCAAAGCACUUACACCACUGGUGGCUCCCUAGACGUUCCUCACAUUAUCAUGCAGGGCGAUGCAAGGAGGAGAAGAAAUGAGAACUACUUUGAUGAUAUUCCCCGAUCAAAACUGGAGAGGCAGAUGGCCCAGACAGGAGACUGGGGAGAACCUUCUAUUACGUUGCGACCUCCGAAUGAAGCCACAGCCUCAACUCCAGUACAGUAUUGGCAGCAUCAUCCCGAAAAGCUCAUCUUCCAAUCGUGUGAUUACAAAGCUUUCUAUUUAGGUUCUAUGCUGAUAAAAGAGCUCAGGGGGACAGAAUCCACCCAGGAUGCUUGUGCAAAAAUGCGGGCUAACUGUCAGAAGUCUACAGAACAAAUGAAGAAGGUCCCUACUAUUAUUCUUUCGGUCUCUUAUAAAGGAGUCAAAUUUAUUGAUGCAACAAAUAAGAACAUAAUUGCUGAGCAUGAAAUUCGUAAUAUCUCCUGCGCGGCCCAGGACCCAGAAGACCUCUCAACCUUCGCUUACAUCACAAAAGAUUUGAAAUCCAAUCACCACUACUGUCACGUGUUUACUGCCUUCGAUGUGAACUUAGCCUACGAAAUCAUCCUAACCCUGGGACAGGCGUUUGAAGUCGCUUACCAGCUGGCACUACAAGCUCGGAAAGGGGGCCAUUCCUCCACACUUCCGGAAAGCUUUGAAAACAAGCCCUCCAAGCCCAUCCCCAAACCUCGAGUCAGCAUCCGCAAGUCGGUGCAGAUCGACCCAUCUGAGCAAAAGACUUUGGCCAAUCUGCCGUGGAUCGUGGAGCCGGGCCAAGAAGCCAAAAGGGGAAUUAAUACCAAGUAUGAAACCACAAUUUUCUGAUACCCGCCGUCCUCCCGCCCUUGCGGUGCCUUGCACGCCAAGCAGUCCCGGAGCGGGCUUUUCCUUCGCGCCUCCGUUUCCACCCAGCCCCGGAGGAAGACCGCUCUGGUGGUGUGGCCUUGUCACAGGCGAAAGGCCGCUGACCGUUUCUGGGGAAGUUCUUUCUGCACCAGUGAUAGAAAACACAACCAAUACUUUCCAGCCACCACCCCUGAGAGGCAGGAGUUGAGAAAUGUUUUCUCUGACACUCCCAACCCUGGUCCCCACCACCCCCCAAGGUGUUUCUCCUGACUCUGCCCCAAUACU